AUGUCUUUCCUUCAUGGAGUUCUUGGUGGGGUGAAGGAUGAUGAUAACGUUACAAAAUAUAAUGACAAUAAUGAUAUUAAUAGUGUUAUUACCACUUUACAUACUGCUGUAGGCAAAGGCCGUGAGGCCUUCCAGGCCGCCGUGGCUAAGGUGGGGGAGAAGACAAGAGGAGUGACUGCGGAAUUAGGUAAGUUGAUUGAUAAAUUAUCAUCUGAUGCAGGUGGACAAUACUAUCAUCAUAUUGCAAGUCAGCAAGAGCGGCCGCUUAAAGACCAACUGUACGAGUGGACCAAGACGCUGGGAGACAUUACAGGAGACCUUCACAAACUUGAAACUAAUAAUAUUAGUGAAUUAGACACAUCACUUAGAACACAGAUAGCGCACAAAGUAGAGCCGAUACAGAAGUCGGUUGAGGUGCUGAUUCGGUCUGCGGGAAAUCCUGAGUUGCUGACCCAGGUGCAGGCUGUUGAUGACGAAUUAUUAAAACAAGAGGAGUAUAUCCAAUCGGAGAUUGCUGAAGAAGCGAGAAGGGUUGAGGAGCAGUUGACGGAAGAAUUCGAGAAAAUAUGGAAGGGUAUUAGAAACGUGAGUAUAACUAAAGAUGGUCACCUGGAGAGGGUUAAAGAAACGAUUAAGGAUGCAAAAGAGCUUCUUGAGGGUUGGUUAGGGAAUGGUGACGGGACUUACCGAAAUGUAAUUUUAGGGAAGUUCGAAGACAUUAAGCAGGAAAUUACUACCAUUUAUGAACAAUUAUACACUACCAAAGUGACACUUACUGAUUUAGUUACAAAGGCUCAGGAGAGCUUUGCGAACUUGAAACAAGGUGUUCAGGACACUAACAGUGAGAGCAUAGACAAAAAUUGGAAGGAGCUUGAAAAGAGGGUCAAGAGACUUGUUAAGGACAUUAAAGGUGAAGGAUCAAUAUGGACUAGCUCCGGCGUAAAUAAGAUUGUUUCAGGAAUGAAGGAGUAUGCGGAUGUUUUCAAACAGGAGCAGACGUUUAAGGAAAACGUUUUGUAUGUGUGGUUGGACGAUAUCCUGAAUGAUAAUACUGUUGUUAAUGGUAGGCUUCAGAGGUAUAUUAAGGGUAAGAGUACUGAGCUGACUGGCAACUUUGAAAUUGAUCCGUCAUUGCGUAAUGCAAUUAAGAAGUGCAUUACUGGAGCACUAGAAACAGCCAAAAUCAUUAAUCCAGGCUGUGAAGCUGCCACGAAACAUAUCGAGAAAAACGGCACUGUUCAAGGAUAUAUCGACGCUGUAAGAAACGGUCUGGAAUCAUUUGCCAAGGAGCUUGGAGAGAAGAUGAAAGAAAAAAAGCAUAUUGAUGCUGAAAAGGUAGCCACGGCGAUUGAGAAAGAAGAUGGAAUAGACAGAUUAGACAAGGAUAAGGCUCAUAAACACUAUCUCGAGUUCGCGAUUCGAGCCACCCUCCCCGCUCUCCACUUCGCCGCUAAGCAAACAUGGAAAACUCUCGGAUCGUUCUCUAGAGCGUCAAUGAUUGGCCUUUACCUGGAGCCGGCUAUAAAGAAGGUGGAGAACAUAAAAGAGCAAUUUGAAGACAACCAAAAGAGUCCAGGUGAGAAAAUUGAGACAGCAUUGGCGGAAGCGAAGAGGAGAAUUUAUGAGCUUGGUGGGCUUUUGAAAAAUGAGAGCGUUGAGGGCUCGAUGGUUUAUAAUUUGGAUGAUAUUCAGAACGUUAUUCAGAAACUGGAUGAUGUUAGAAAAGAUUCAGAAGGAGGCAAGGUUCAUGAGAGGAGAAAGGAAGCGGAUGGUCUGAUUGAGGAGUUGAGAAAGCGACUCUACAAGCAAAUGGAAAAUAUCACCGAUAUAGUGGACGACGCUAAGAGAGCAUUGACAAAGUCCAUCAGCGACUUAGUAGAUGCAUACAAUAAAACCCGAAAAGAGCUGAAAGAAGCCAUAGAAGAUCUCAAAAAUAAUGUCGCCCAUAUUACCGAAGAUGCUUUCAAAACCCUCACCUCCGAGGUGAGAAAACUCUUCACAACCGAACGCAUCGCAGACCUAAAUGCCCUCAAAACUCUCGUCGAGCAACAAAAAUCUUAUAUAGAAAAAAUAAUAGAAACCGACAAAAAAACAGGCCUUAAAGGCCUUAUGCCUAAAAUUUACGGCGGAGCGUUUCCCAAGAUUGGAACUCUCACUACGAAUAACAAGCUACAAGAUUUGCAGGAAACAGCUAAUCGGACGGUUUCUGAAAGUUCACAAUAUCACAAGAAAUUCACGGAUUUUUCCGGUACUCUGCAAUGUCCCACUCCCCCCCAAGUCGACCGCCUCAAACAGCAACUGGACACUUUACUCACUAACCUAAAAAACUCUCACAAAGAUAAAUUGUAUCACUUCGACCACACGUUUACUUCUGACCUAGCCGCACUUAACGAUGCGCUUUCACUGCUAACCCCCAAGCAGUUCAACGGCCACCAGCACCCUGAGCUGCUCGACGCGCUCACCGCUGGAGCGAAGCGACUGGCGGACGAACUGGGCAAACAGUACGUGAACAGGUACAGCGGACUCAAGUGGAGUGGCCUCAGUGAGGGUGAUGAAGCAAGGUGUGCUAAGGUUUUACUGACAGCCUUGAGAACUAUAAGCCGCGAUGUGAAUGAGAUUUAUACAAACUGCGAAGAUCCUUCCAAAUAUUCUUGGAAGAACAAAACGCUCUGUGAGACAAAUGGCGACAAGGAAAAUCCCCUCGGCCAAUUCCUACAGCGUUGCGGAUUUCUGGUCGCCAAAAAAGAAGACUCCAAGGAAGGUGACUCCCAAUGUAAGACGAGCAUGACGGGUGAGAAGAUUCUCCGAGAGCUUCUUAAGGCAGUAAUCCCAGACGCCGCCAUGAAUAAACACCUUCAAACUUGUAAGCCAAAUAGAACCAACGAAAACUUCAACGUCAUGAACCUCCUAACGUGUCUUUACCGUCACCUUACAGAAUACAAUAAAGUAUGUCACUUGACUAUUCACCCUGCGCCUAAAUCACCGUGUAGUAUUUUUGAUAUGCUUAUAUGGCUUAGUGGCGUCAGAUUUAACCGUGCAUAUGGCAGACUGCUUGAUGCUAUUAAGACGAAAUUUGAUAAGCCCAAUGGGCUUAAUGAUGAACCGUAUGACAAAAUCCCCGUAACCCAAUUGUCGAUUGAUGCGUAUCCAUCUGCCUUUUCAUACAUGAAUUUAGUUACUCUUCUAAAAGAUGUCACAUACAUAUCCCAUGACCUGCUCAACACCAUUGUUGGUUAUGGUGAUGCCCAAACCACGUAUGCCAGUGACUAUUGUAGUAACGUUCUGCAAAUGAAAUAUCCUGAGAAUGGCGACGAUUGUCUCGACAUGCUUCUCGACAUCCUCCGCAGAGUGUUCCCUGUGCUACAAUUUUUACAUACCCAAUGCACGAUCGGCGCUAGGUACAAUGGCUGGGAACAAUGCCAGUACGGCAAAGGUGUACCGUCACCCAAUUGGCAAUGCGAAAAGCAUAUAACGCCCGAACCUGAGUGCCAACCUACAUCGCCAUUAAUGUCCUACUUCACUGACACUCUUCCCGGUCACUUGCCUCAUCAGCUGGGUUCAGUGGGCUGCAAAGCCAAAUGUACGUCGUGCUCCACCGGUUCAAGUAAGAUGCCAUGUUUAACGCCACUCGGCUUCAGGGCUUUCUCAGGAACCAAACGCACAGGCAAGGAGCUAUGCAACGUGCUAAGCAAAAUGCUAGGCAAAAAUGGCAUUUUCCGCGAACUUUAUUCAUAUCUUUCAUGCCUUGUUGGUGGCACGCCUAAAACGUUUGCUGACGUGUUUUCGUUUUAUUAUCAACUUACAAAUAAGUGGAAGACAAUGUCGUCGAUUGGCCAACCAUCAGAUCCUAUGCAAAAUGCCAUUUGUAAAGAAAUACAAAAUACUGUGUCCUGUGAAUAUACUGAUGCCGUGGCACUUCUCGAUCCGUGUUGCAAUCUGUAUAAGCGCUCGUCUCAUGAUCAACAUGAUCCUGAUGACAACGAGCGUGAUCUCAAAUACCUACUUGGUUGUAAUGACCAAAAUUGCGGCAGUUUCAUACAACCACUCAACUCUACUGCUUACACCACGUUAUCACCAAAACACGCAGGUAAAUAUCUUAUAUGGUUGGUCCACGUUUGUCCACAAAUUCAGACAUUUCUCGAGCAAAUUAAGAAAGCAUUCUGUGGCAUAUCAUGUUAUGACUCGGGUUGCGGAGGAUGCCUUAACAGUAAUGACUGCCGAGUGGGUAAGCACGGCAGCAAUCCCUGUGGUUGCGGCUCAAUUACAAAGUGUCGAGGCGUUUUGCCUCUUCUUUAUGAGUACGGGUUCACGUAUAGUGAAGAUGCCUACAGGCGCACGAAGAAGUGUAACAAUUUCUGUAAAGCCCUUGAUGAUAUAUUAAAUUCCAAAUUACUGGGAGACUUCCUCACCGCAAUCGAUGAUUUCUUCUUAGCAGUAAGAAAGAAAUUCAUAUGGACUCUCGUAGCCCUCUGGUCGCUGUCGCUCCUGUACCUGCUGCACAUCACCGUCGUCCGCAUAGACGUCCUGCGGAUACGCUCCCACCUGCGCUCACCCGCAAGCCACCGCAUCGCCGCGCAGUCGCUACUCGCCGCCGCACGCGUCAGGGCACUCGCCAACGUCAAGUACUUCUCACCAUAA